AUGCCAAUUCCAUUCCUACUAAGCCUCUACUUUGAUGGGCUGCCUUGGUGGUUUCCGGAGCCAUGGCGCCUUGCGAAAUUCACAACAGCGGCCGGCGCAUUAGCCCUCACGAAAUGGUACUCAUCCGGCCGCCGCAACACAGCGGAACGCAACAUGCACGGUCGCGUGGUGCUCAUUACCGGCGGCACCUCAGGAAUCGGCGCGGUAACCGCCUUUGAGCUCGCCCGACGAGGCGCCCAGAUCGUGCUGCUCACCCGCCAGCCGCCGUCGGACCCCUUCCUGGUUGAGUACAUCGACGACAUGCGCAAGCGCACCGGCAACCAGCUCAUCUACGCCGAGCAGGUCGACCUAGCCUCGCUCCACAGCAUCCGACAGUUCGCGACGCGGUGGAUCGACAACGCGCCGCCUCGACGGCUGGACAUGGUCGUGCUCUGCGCCUCGACCCUCACGCCACCCGGGGGUAGGCGCACUGAGACAGCCGAGGGCCUUGAGACCACCUGGAUGGUCAACUACCUCGCAAACUUCCACCUGCUGGGCAUCCUCAGCCCGGCCCUCCGCGCCCAGCCCUUCGACCGUGACGUGCGCGUCGUGCUGACCACUUGCUCCAGCUACAUCGCGUCGCCGCGCCUGGACGAGGCCAACAAGGGGGGAAAGGACGACUGGACGCCGGCCCGAGCCUACGCCCGCAGCAAGUUCGCCUUGAUGGUGUUUGGCAGGGCCUUCCAGAAGCACCUGGACGCGUAUAAGCGGCCCGACGGCAUGCCCAUGAACGCGAGGGUCGUGCUUGUCGACCCCGGGUAUGCGCGUACCCCGGGCAUGACCAGGUGGCUUACGAGGGGUUCGCUUUUGGGGUUGCUGGGCUACAUGAUAUUCUACAUCUUUGCGUGGCUGCUUCUGAAGAGCCCCUACAUGGCAGCGCAGUCGCUGCUUUAUGCGGCUAUGGAGGGUAGUCUGGGGCGCGGUGCAGGAGGCAGGCUGAUCAAGGAGUGCAUGGAGGUCGACACCGCCAGGAAGGAUGUGGAUGACGAAGAGGUGGCCAAAAAGUUGUGGGAGUCGAGCGACAAUUUGAUUGAGAAGAUUGAGAAACAGGAGGCUGUUAAGAGAGCCUUGGCCAAGAAAGAACAGGAAAAGAAGGAGGAGGAAGCGAAACAGGCCGCUCAAGUCGAGGAAAUCGAGGCACUCAUCGGGACCAUCAAGAAGGGAAAAGCCAAGGAAGCGCAGAAGAAGACUGGAAAGACCGGCGAGAAGAACAACAAUGGGAACAAGAGUGAGAAGCAAAACGGGAAGAAGGCGAAGAGUGCUGCGAAUGAUGCCAGCUAA